AUGCCGCGGCCCGGGCGGAACACGUACAGCGACCAGAAGCCGCCGUACUCGUACAUCUCCCUCACCGCUAUGGCCAUCCAGAGCUGUCCAGAGAAGAUGCUGCCUCUUAGUGACAUCUACAAGUUUAUCAUGGAGCGCUUCCCUUACUAUCGAGAGAAUACGCAGCGCUGGCAGAACUCUCUGCGCCACAACUUGUCCUUUAACGACUGCUUCAUCAAGAUUCCACGGAGGCCGGACCAGCCCGGGAAGGGCAGCUUCUGGGCACUGCACCCGAGCUGUGGAGACAUGUUCGAGAACGGCAGCUUUCUGCGCCGCCGCAAGCGCUUCAAAGUGAGCGGUGCACACGCGGCAGACGCACUUGCACCCAGCAAGACUCACGACGCCGCACACUACUUGCACGCACAGGCCAAGUUGCGGCUGAGCGCACUUCACGCGGCUGCGCACCUGCCACAAAUGGCGGGCUACAUGACCCACGUGCCCCCGCCAUCUGGCUUCAAACAUCCUUUUGCCAUCGAGAGCAUUAUCGCACGAGACUACAAGGUCCCGGGGCUUCCCCCACCGCUGCCAGGACCCCUGCCCUCCUGGUCGCACGUGUAUGACCCUACCACUCCCGUCUCCAUGGCAACCAGUGACUACUCUGCCUACGGCGUACCGCUAAAAGCGCUGUGCCAAGGCGGACAAACCCUGCCCGCUGUCCCGGUGCCUAUCAAGGCCACGCCCGGGUCAGUGCCCGCGCUUCCGGGACUCUCUGCACACCUGCCCUUCCUGGCGCACUCUCCACAGUCAUUGAGUCCCACAGCCCCGCACUCAGGCCUCGGACACAGCCCCAGCACACCGCAGGACGCCCUCUCCUCCACGGCCUCCAGCGCGCUACAGCCUGUGGUGGCGGUGCACUGA